AUGGAGCCUCUCACAACUUAUCCUUUAAAAUGUUCAGUGCCCAAAGCAAGGGUAUUUGUUGUUUUCCUGUCGAUGGUUUUGUGUACAGCAAUGCUCUGUCUGUUGCAGCUCAAAUUCUUAAAACCUAAAAUCAAAGAUUUUUAUUCUUUUGAAGUGAAGGAUUCCAGAGGGAGGACCGUUUCUCUGGAGAAGUACAGAGGCAAAGCGUCUUUGGUUGUAAACGUGGCCAGUUACUGCCAGCACACAGACAAAAAUUACAUCGCGCUGCAGGAAUUACACAGAGAGUUUGGUCCAUCCCACUUCACUGUGCUGGCCUUUCCGUGCAAUCAAUUUGGAGAAUUGGAGCCUAGCUCAAGCCAGGAAAUAGAAUCUUUUGCCAAGGGAAACUAUGGAGCAACUUUCCCUAUUUUCCACAAAAUUAAGAUUCUGGGAUCUGAAACAGAACCUGCAUUCAAAUUUCUGAUAGAUUCUUCAAAGAAAGAGCCUAGGUGGAAUUUCUGGAAGUAUCUUGUCAACCCAGAAGGUAAAGUUGUGAAAUUUUGGAGACCUGAAGAGCCCAUAGAAAACAUCAGGCCAGAAGUAGCAUCUCUGAUCAGGCAGAUCAUCAUGAAAAAGAAAGAAGAUCUCUGA